GUGAUAUAAUCGUUUGUUGUACAAAUUCGAUUGUCCAGACAUCAAGCUUAUCGUUAUACGUAGUUUACUUUCCAUAGAUCUAACAGAUUUGAAUAUGCCGCUAUAUGAAACCAUGGUAAAUUUAGUUUCAAAUCUAAGUAUCGUCUGUUUAAUGUUCCAUGUGUUGGAUAAACCUAUUACGUGUGAUAAGGAAUUUUCGGGGUCAGAUUAGUUGUCGUCAGUUGCGAUCAAUUAUAUCGAUUACUAUACUGAAUUAUAUUCGUCUCCUAUCUGAAAGACAUGCUCGUUUAGUAAUUUUAUAAUCGUUGUGUUAUGCCAGAAAGAAUAUUCUAAAUUUACAACAUGGCACAAGAAGUCGAGGAAACCAUGAAACGUAUACAAUCUCACAAGGGCGUUGUUGGAACUAUCGUAGUAAAUGCGGAAGGAAUUCCUAUUAAAUCCACAUUGGAUAAUACAACGACAGUGCAGUACGCCGGCCUGAUCAGUCAGCUGUCAGACAAAGCACGCUCUGUAGUUCGUGAUUUGGAUCCAACGAAUGAUUUGACUUUCUUACGUAUUCGUAGCAAAAAACACGAAAUAAUGGUUGCUCCAGACAAAGAAUUCAUACUCAUUGUAGUUCAAAAUCCAGUGGAUUGAUAUUUGCAAAAAGGAAUUAUGCAUUGUAAACCUUCACAAAAUUUGAAUUUUAUGUUUGUGACUAUUGCUUUAUUUUUUAUUUAAUACAUUCCACUUAAUCAUUUUAUCAUUGAGAAAUUGAUCGUUAUAUUAACUUAUCAAUUAAUUAGAUUGUUAUAAAAUAAAAGUAUAAAUGAAUAUGUGUGUGUGUGUGUGUGUGCGUGCGCGCACACACACACACACACGCUCACACAAUUUCACGUGUAUCCUUAAAACAUAAAUAAAAUUAAUAAAAAAAAAAAAAAAA